AUGUCUCUGCCACCACUGAUUACGCUCGAGGAGCAUUUCGUCUCCGCUCACCUGCUGUCUCAUCUCUCUGAAAUCUACUCGGAACAGCUGAAGCACCUCCCAGAUGUAGCGUCCAAGCUGCUGGACGUGGACGACAUCCGGCUACGGGACAUGGACACGAAUGGCAUCUCCUUGCAGAUUGUCUCGCAUGGUCCCGGCCCAAGUACUCUGCCGCUGGCGCCGUGCCGACAAGCUAACGACCAGCUCGGCGAGGCCGUGAAGAAGCAUCCCAGGCGAUUCGCAGGGUUCGCCGUCUUGCCCAUGGCUACUCCCGAAGACGCAGCCGGCGAGCUCCGCAGGUGCGUCGAGGAGCUGGGAUUCGUGGGCGCCCUGAUCGACAACCACGUCCAUGGCCAAUACUACGACGCGCGCGAGUUCUGGCCCGUCUUCGCGACGGCAUCGGAGCUGGACGUGCCCAUAUAUCUCCACCCCAUCUACCCUACAGAACAGCAGCAGCAGUUGAUCUACCAGGGCAACUACAGCCUCGGGGCCGAGCGAGGUAUGGGCUCCAGCAGUUUCGGCUGGCACCAGGACUGCGGGCUGCACGUGCUGAAGCUCUUCGCGUCGGGUUUGUUCGACGCGUACCCCAAGCUCAAGAUCAUCAUCGGGCAUUUUGGGGAGAUGCUCCCAUUCAUGGUCGAGCGCGUCGAGAAGCUCUGCGUCCGCUGGGGCGAUCGACAGCGCGGGUGGCGACAGGUCUGGGACGAGAACAUCUGGGUCACGACCAGCGGCGUGUGGAGUCUGGCGCCGCUGGCGUGUCUUUUGCGGAAUACCGCGGUCGAGAGAAUCCUGUAUAGCGUGGACUAUCCCUUUGAGAAGAAUGAGAAUGGGCUGAAGUGGAUCAAGGAAUUGCAGGAGAGCGGCAUGAUUACGCCAGAACAGCUCGAGAUGAUAGCAUUCCGGAACGCGGAGCGACUGCUGCGCGUCAAGGCCGGGGGGAAGGUCACGACAGCGACAGAGAGCAGUCUAUCUCAAUGA